GAUUUCAUUGGGAACAUCAUAUAGACUAAAUUUAAACUUAAAUGAUGGAUAAAAUUUUGCUUGUCGUCUUGACAAUCUUGCUGCAAAUUUGCGGCAGUACGUCGACAACGACAUCUCCUGCUGCAGAGAUGCAAAGGUGCAACAGCUCCGAUAUAACGGAGGUCAACGCUCUGGCCACCGUCCACCUGUCCGUCGACUUCUGGAGUUGCGAACAGAAACUUUUGACGGUCAGGAACGGCAGCGUGACGACGCUCAUCGACGCCAUGCACGAGUCUCCUGCGUUUGUAGCGACAACAAAACCCGGCUUCGAUUAUCUCGAAGUCUUGUUUCGUCGAGGCUCACGUAGCAACGUAUUCUCGACUAUGAAUAUAAGUAAUGUACCGAGUAAUGCUUACAUUGUGAGGUUCAGUAUCAAGCCAGAGCCUCCUCACUCGAUGACACCACGCCUGGUGUUGCGGGUGGGCCUGCUGCCUCUGACUCGCUUGAACACACGUGGCAACAGUGACAUACACCAAGAGCUGGAAGAUGAGUUUUGGGACUCCAAUCCUUAUGUGAAUGAGUACUCCUGCUCCGGGCCAGCUGAACCUGAGAACCUCGAACUUAAUGAAGUCAUCAUUCGCGUUCUGGGAGCUUCUGAAUGGCAGUAUAUUCCUGGGAAUGAUAUAUGUCCUGAAGUCAACUUUGAUGAACCUCGAAUAAACCCAUCAACAAACUUUCCAAUGCGGGCAGGCCAAGAUGGUAUCAGAAGUACAACCACUUCAUCGAGAUUGCCAAGUGAAUCCAAUCCUAUUUGGUCAAAUAGAAAUUAUGACGAGGGUUUCGGUGGAACCAGAGGUCCUCGCUUGGAGGACUCACCCACAAGACAUCACACCAAAAAGAUUUCUUACACGACAGAAGAAACGUAUCACGACUCAGUCAAAGAUGGAGGAACACACGCCAAAACGGCCGGGCAAAUGCGAUUGUCUGUCACUCUCAUCUCAGCCAUCAUCGGUGCCCUGGCUAUCAUUCUCCUCAUCAUCGGUUGUUGCUGCCUCUUCAAGCGACUCAAUUUGACGGGCAGCUACGGCAUUCACAGCAACUCCUACCAGCCGGAAAGCAGCCUCCACCUUCGGGACAGCCACAUCAACACUGCGACUGGAAGUCGACCUUCCAUCAAACAUCAAGAGCCAGAACCUCAUCCACAUCAAGGGCCCCCAACCAUCACCAUCAACGAUCAGAAGGCAGAAGAUGCAGGUUAUCGCCACCCACUUGGACAAGUAAAUACUGGCAUGGAUUUCUCGCAGGAAUCUUCUGCCGGAGAUUGUGGUGUUGCUUCCAAAGAUCCCUGAAACAUCCCAAAAACUUAAAACAUUUUCUCACUAGCUGGAACGGAUGCCUAAUAUGAUAGAUAUACUCGAGUAGUAAAUUAAAAAUUGCGCUAUGUUUUAGACCAUAGAAUACCUGAACUAGGUAUUCUCUAAACACUAUACUCUUUUAGAAUAACUAUCGAAUUCAGACUAAAUUUUAAACUUGAAUCGUGGCAUCUGACCUAAACCGCGCUCAAAAGAUGGCUCGUGAAUGAGAGGUUUUGGUGCGUGAGUGGGCGCCCUGAGCUAGUCUGUUGGAUUGAUUGGGAAGAGAUGCAUGAUUCGUGAUUGGCAGAUUGGGUUUCAAGAGUCUUUUGAAUAAGUUUUUGGAUCCACGAGUGGGGCAGUUUUCCAACUGCCCCACUCGUGGGGCAGAUCCCCUGGGCAGUUGUCCCAAGGAAUGCGGUAGUUGGUUCUUUAGUAAGGCAGAUAUCUCGAGUGUCUUGCAGUUUACUUCGUAAGGGGGGCAGAUACCUUGACUGUGACAGUUAACCACAUGAGUGGGACAGUUAGUCUUGAGUGGGAAAGAUGUCUCUUGAGUGGGCAGUUAACCGCUUGAGUGGGACAGUUAGUCUUGAGUGGGAAAAAUAUCUCUUGAGUGGGCAGUUAACCGCAUGAGUGGGCAGUUAAUCGCAUGAGUGGGCAGUCGAGCCCAUGAGUGGGACAGUUGACGUCAAGAGUAGGAUGGAUGUCUUUCGAGUGAGGCAUAUGACCCAUGAGAGGGUCAGUUCGGCUUGAGUGGGGCAGAUGUCUCCUGAGUGGGCCGUUACCUCCCCUGAGUGGGCCAGUUUGGGUUGACCAGUUAGUUAAGUGGUCGGUUCACGUGACCUGACCUCUUAAUGUGGCGCGUAUCCUUGCCUCUAUUGGGCAUGCAAACACGCACACGACAUGUACCACGUAAACGCGCACACGACGCGUAUCACGUAAACACGCACACGACGCUCACCACGUAAACGCACACGACACGUACCAUGUAAACACGCACACGACACGUACCAUGUAAACACGCACACGACACGUACCGCGUAAACACGCACAAGGCAUGUACCACGUAAACACGCACAUGACACGUACCACGUAAACACGCACAAGGCAUGUACCACGUAAACGCGCACACGACAUGUACCACGUAAACACGCACACGACACGUACCGCGUUAACACGCACACGACACGUACCGCGUAAACACG